GCAAGAAGAAGACGAUGCCGCUUCCUUGUAGUACAUUUAUUUCCACAUUUUCCCUUUUUAACAUUCGUUCCUUCAGUGCAGAGAUAAUAUCUACCCCAAUGAAGGUGUUUGGUGCAGUACUGGUCUUCUUGGCCUAUUUUGGCCAUGCCACUUCAGCGUGCCCGGCGCUUUGCCAAUGCUACCCACGAAGAGCAGAGGUGGUCUGCAAUGAGGUUCCCCUGACGGUAUUCCCCGUUGAGAGCCUCCCCGAGAACACCAGCACCCUCACCAUCCAGUUCACCAACAUUACAUCCAUCUCGGAGCAGGAUCUCAACGCAACGCCCCGGCUGAAGCAGCUCCACCUGUUCAGCAACCACCUCAACAACCUCUCCUCGCACCUCCUUAGAGGCGUUCCUCUGCUCACCACUUUGGACCUCACCGGCAACAAGCUGAGCCAUUUGCCUGCAGAGGUCUUCAGCCAUGCCCCGCUUCAAAUCCUGGUGCUCAAGAACAACCUGGUUGAGAAAGCGGACGCCGCGUGGCUUCCCGAUAACUCCGACCUGACCUGGUUGGACGUCUCUGGGAAUCAUCUGACCAACAUCUCAGGAGAUUUUCUUCAAAAAAUGCCCCACCUGGAAAACCUCGACCUCUCCAACAACCAUCUGGUGAAGAUCUUGGCAAAUUCUUUGGAUCCGCUCAUCAAACUUGAUCGCCUAAAUCUGCAGAACAACAAACUGGACAGCCUGGAUGCUUCUUUAUUCGAAAGCACCCGGAACCUCACCUACUUGUUCCUCUCCAGGAACAGGCUCACUUAUCUUCCCCCGAACAUUUUUCAGAAGCUUACUCAGCUCAAACACCUCAGUCUGGACGACAACCAGCUUAGCAGUGUCCCUCCAGGACUGCUCGACCAUCUGAACGCCCUGGAGGACGAAGGGCUGGACCUGACUGCCAACCCAUGGGUGUGCGACGGGAAGAUGGCGUACCUCCUCAAGUGGCUCCAAAACAACCAAAAGAAAGCAUUUCUACCCGAGACCAUGAUUUGUUCCGGUCCUCAGUCUCUCAAGGGUCGCUCGGUGAUGUCACUCACAGAGACUGAACUAAAAAUUUGAAUAAAGGAUUAAAAAAAAAAAAAA